AACAUUGGACUGAGAUAAUGAAUGUAGCAAAAGAUGCAUUAAUAAAUACCCAAGAGAAACAAACCGAACAAGCCAACAAGAGACGACAUUAUCUAGAAUUAAAAGAAGGAGACUUAGUAAUGCUGAAUACAGCAAAUCUAACUCCACAAGAAAGUAGAAAAAGGCCAUCAAAGAAACUUAUCUCAAAAUUCAUGGGGCCUUUUAAGAUCAUUCAAAAGAUAUCAACAACAGCAUAUCGACUAGAACUUCCCAAAACCUUACGUAUUUACCUAGUCUUCCACAUAUCCUUACUGAAACCAUAUCAUUCCAACGAAUUCAAAAACAAAGAAAUUACCGAACCAAUCCAAAAUAUUGCAAAUAAAACUCCACAAGAAUACGAAGUCAAAGCUAUACUAGACAAAAGAACAUACUACUGCCGUUUACAGUACUUGAUGAAAUGGAAAGGGUAUCUGUUGUAUGAUGUGACCUGGGAAUCUCUAAAUAAACUUGAUAAUUAUAGAGAUCUAGUAAAAGAAUUCGAAAAAAUG